AAAGAUCCCUUGGAUUAAUAUCACGAAAAAGUCAGUCAGAUACUGAACUCACGCUUGGGCCUAGUGAGCUAGGGUUGAAUAUCGUCUGAGACCUCCACACUUCUCGGCAGUUAUCUCUUACAUAAUCUUGAAUCUAAAUGAGUUGGUUUGUUCUGGAUAACACAUACGUGUUAGCAUGUUGAGUUAUUUUGUCUGUUUUCAUAUGCGCAUAAUUUAUACCACAAUGAGGACGAUCAAGCGUAAAACAAGGCGUGAUUAUUAGCUCAACCCGGCCUAGUCUGAAUUCAACCACUACACUGCAAAGCGCACUUACUUUCGGCUUUGCUCUACACUCCACAAGUCAAAAACGGAGAUUUUUCUUCAGAAAUGGAACUGACCACUGAUGAGUUCUUGGAGCGCAUUGGCGGCUUUGGUCGCUACCAAAUCCUGCUUACCGUAUUUUCCAAUGUGGCUUAUAUGCUGUGGUGGGGCAUGCCUACGAUGGUCAUGUUAUUCAUUGCAGCAGAGCCUGGCUGGAAAUGUAAAAAUAACGCCACAUGUCCCUUUACGGAGAUCAAAAGACUAGGAGAUGAUAACUACUCCUUCAGAUGUGACAUUCCCAGAGAAGAUUGGGAAUUUGGAAAUGAUUUCACGUCAGUCGUCACCGAGUUCGACCUUGUCUGCGAGCGUGGCUCAUUUGGAUUCAUCUCAACCUCUGUUAUUUUCCUCGGAUUUUUUAUUGGUAGCAUCUGCGUGAGUACCAUAUCUGACAAGUUUGGCAGGAAGCAUCCGCUGUUCGUCUGCGGGUUCAUUUGUGCCAUUUUUAACUUUGCUUCGGUCUUCGCUCCAGCGUUUUGGGUGUUCGCCGUUUUCCGUUGUAUCAUCGGAUUCAUGCAAGGUAAGUCUUGUGUUUAGAAUUGAUAAAGCGGUUUCAGUGAUAUUGAAUGAAGUACGAAACGUAAUGUAAUGAACCGACGUAAUGCUUCGAGCUUAAGACACGGUCUGAGCCAAGCGCUGCAACAAAAGCGAGGUAAAAGUUGUCGCGCACAGGAUCGCAGCGACACUUAACACCUUAAGGUGGCUCACCAGGUUCCAGGCAAUUUUCGACACGUCUUCUUUGAUGGAUUAAUGUUUCCUCUCGAUCGCUUUUAUCUGAUGCUACAGUAAUGAUGUCAAACAAAUUCCCAUGGCAAAGGUAUAAGCGGUUAAAAUCAGUAUCAAUUUUAGAUUUAUGGGCUUACUUCUCAAACGCAAGUCUGGUGACUGCAAACUUUUGUUAUCAGAUUGUCACCAGCCUGUUAAAAUGCAACUUUUCGCAAAUUUUGGAAAAACUGCGGGAGCAGAUUCAGAGCCACCUUAUGUUUUCGCAAAUUAAAGUCGCUUGAAUAAGAAGCUUCUACAACUUUCUAAAACUUGAAAGAAAGUUACAUAAAAUUUUAACUUGCUUGUCACAAUUCGAAAACAAAUGUGGGGGUCACCGGACUCAUUUUCGAGUUAAAACUAAAAUUAAGGAUAUUUUUUAUCAGCUUAUUCCGUUGCUAUGGUAACCUGCAAUGUCAAGAAAAUGACUACAAUUUGUUCAACAGUGAUUCGGAUUUUGGUUGAUGUCAUAACGGUAGUGCAACUGAAAAGGGUAGUAGAAUGAAUAUAUCAAAGUAGACCUGCAGAAACGUGAUGGAAAUUCUGUUCUCAGCCACCUUAAUUGUCUGCACUCACUUGAGGAAGAGGAAUUUUUCUGGAAUAAUUUAGUCAACAGCCUUGCUUGAAUCUUUGUUUUUGUUGGAUUGUCAUUAUGUCUCUUAAAAGCGCCAUUUAUGAAAUGGAUGACAAAAAGGACUUAAAAGCAGCUCGCUCUAACGGUGACCCAUACCUAUAAAGGACAGAAAAAUUCGGAGACAGAAACUUUGGAGACGGCCUUACGUAUUUUAGUGACCUAAAUCUUGACGUGACGCAACAUCAUCGACGCGUAUGAUUUUGAAAAUUUGAUUGAAAUUCCGGUUUAUAUUACAUGCGGAUCUGACAACGCUAAAUAACUGCUAAAGAUGAUUAUAUUUAGUGCUAUGGGUUAGCUUUUCCAGCCACGCUAAUUAUUUUGGCUCGUUAGUGCUCUUAAAAAGUGUAAUUUUGGGGUCGAGUUUUGCUCUUUUCGGGGCAAAAUACGUAAGGCCGUCUCCACAAGAAAAUAAAAAUCCAAACAGCCUCACAGUUGAAAUAAGCUAGUAAAAAUCUUCUUGCCGACAAAGUUUGCGAUAAUAGAAUUUUUCUAUCCUGCAUAGGUAUAGGUGACCGCUACAGCAAGCUGCUCUUAAACUGUGAUCCAUAGCAAUAGAAAGAAAAUUGUACAUUAUUCACAGGAAAGUUGCCAACAUUUAAGUUUUUCUUGGAUAAUGUAACAGUAUUGAGACUGGCAAAUGUAUGGACUUAAACUGUUCCGUUCGUGACCUCUCACCAAACCUUGCAAAUCGUCCUUGGUCUUCGUCCGUCCGUCGCUCCCG